AUGUCCGUGGUCCGCGCGGCGAGCACCGAGCCCAAGAUCGAGAGCGUCGCGGCGGCGGUCCCCUCCGACGCCUUCCUCCCCGACGGUCUCUACUGCGUGGACAACACCCAGACCAUCCGCAGGAAGACCAGGACCGUCACCAUCGGCAAGGUCAAGAUGGGCUCCGACCACCCCAUCGUCCGCCAGACGAUGACCACCUCCGACACGCGCGACGUCGAGGCCACCGUCGCCGAGGUGAAGAAGUGCGCCGACGCCGGCGCCGAGAUGGUCCGCAUCACCGUCCAGGGUAUGCAGGAGGCCAAGGCGUGCGCCGAGAUCAAGAAGCGCCUCGUCGAGGACGGGUACGACACGCCCCUCAUCGCCGACAUCCACUUCGCGCCCAAGGUGGCCAUGAUGGUCGCCGAGUGCUUCGACAAGAUCCGCGUCAACCCCGGUAACUUCGCGGACGGGCGGAAGAAGUUCGAGGACAUCCUGUACGAGACGGACGAGGAGUACAACGCCGAGAUUGAGGAGAUCGAGAAGAUCUUCACGCCGCUCGUGCUCAAGUGCAAGGAGCGCGGCGUCGCCAUGCGCAUCGGCACCAACCACGGUUCCCUCUCCGCCAGGACCCUCUCCCGCUACGGCGAUACCCCCGCGGGCAUGGUCGAGUCCGCGUUCGAGUUUGCCCGCAUCUGCCGCAAGCACGACUACCACAACUUUGUCUUCUCCAUGAAGGCGUCCAACCCGCUGGUGAUGGUGCAGGCGUACCGACUCCUCGCGCACGAGAUGUACAAGCUCGGCUGGGACUACCCGCUUCACCUGGGCGUGACCGAGGCUGGCGAGGGCGAGGACGGACGCAUGAAGUCCUCCAUCGGCAUCGGCGCCCUGCUCCUCGACGGCCUCGGCGACACCAUCCGCGUCUCCCUCACCGAAGCUUCGCACCUCGAGAUGGAGCCUUGCACCCGCCUCAGGGACGUCGGCCACAAAGCCGCCCAAGAGAAGUGGGGCGUCGACAAGUUCGAGGAGAAGGGUCGCGACUUUAAGGAUUUCGCGCGUCGCGCGUCCGAUCUCCCGGUCCAGAAGGAGGACGACGCCAUCGACCUCAGGAACAUCCUCCACCGCGACGGCUCGGUCCUCUCCGCCGUCACCCCGGCGCAACUCGCGUCGGAGGAUCCCUUUUACCGCGAUCUCGGAGCCAAGCUCGCGGUGGGCAUGCCCCUCCGCGACAUCGCAACCUCCGACUCCAUCCUCCUCACCGAGGUCCCCGAGGCCAGCGACGAGAAGGCGAUGCGAUCGAUCCGCCGCCUCCAGGAGAUUGGCGUCGGCGUGGUGGCCGACGUCGCACAGCUGGCGGAGCGUCCGGUGGACAACGCCGUCGCCCUCGUCGCCGCCAAGGACGCGACGUCCGCGGCUGUGCCCGACUGCGCCGCGCGCGUCGCCGUCGUCUUCGACGGCACCGAGACCGAGGAGGAGGUCAAGGCUGCGCUCGGCGUGGAUCCCGUCAUGGCCCUCAUCAAGUGCGCGGCGGACGUCUCCCGCCUUCACGCGUCUCGCCGCCUGUUCACGAACAUCCUCGCCGCGGGAUCGUCCGUGCCGGUGAUUCACCACAUCCAGUUCACCGACGCCGACGUCAAGGACGACAUCGUCAUCCAGUCGGGCUCCCAGGUUGGCGGCCUGCUCUGCGACGGCCUCGGCGACGGCGUCCUCAUCGAGCACCCCACCGCGGAGCUCGACUACCUUCGCCGCACCUCCUUCGGCCUCCUCCAGGGUUCGCGCAUGCGCAACACCAAGACGGAGUACGUCUCGUGCCCGUCCUGCGGCCGCACGCUCUUCGACCUGCAGGAGGUGACCGCCGCCAUCUCCGAGCGCACCGGGCACCUCCCCGGCGUCGCCAUCGCGGUCAUGGGCUGCAUCGUGAACGGCCCGGGCGAGAUGGCCGACGCGGAUUUCGGCUACGUCGGCGGAGCGCCUGGUAAGAUUGACCUCUACGUCGGGAAGGAGGUGGUGAAGAGGGGCAUCGACAACGACACGGCGUGCGAUGAGCUCAUCCAGCUCAUCAAGGACCACGGGAGGUGGGUGGACAAGGAGGAGGAGGAGGAGGCGGUGGCGGCCUAA